AAUUUUUAUUAAGCUUGCUUUCACUCCGCAAGUUGUCUCACGCCGGGAAAACAAUUUUCAGGUGGUAGAAAACAGUCCUCGCUUCACGCCUUGAAACAAAUCUUUACUCGGAAGCAAUAUUUUCCUUUAAAAGGCUACAAAAAUCUUGUCUCGAACUCAAGAAUCUUUUAGCUUUGGAACCUCGAUAAUUCCAGACGAUUGAAGCAGCAGCUAAAGGGAGAUUAGUUUUGUUUUAUCUCUUUAAAAGAAAUCCGCUUUGAUAGGGUUUGUAAUAGUAAUCUUGCAAACUCUGUCCAUUUUUUCUAAUUGGCAUCGUCAACAGCACGACACAAUUUGUGCAGAUUCUUGAGGUAAUCUUCUAUUGUUUUGUAUGGCAGAGGAUGGGAAGGAAAAGAUAAUGAUGAAUAGGGAAGAAACUUUGAUGGAGCAGAAAAAGGAUUCAACAGAAAAUGAAAAUAGUAAUAAAGACAAGUCUGUAGAGACUAAGGUUGUAGAGAAAAAGAGGUGGGGGGAUGAAGAGUUGGAUGAUGAUAAGGUUUCUGAUGCAGUAGAUGUAAUAAAUUCUAUAAAUAUCAAUGAGGCGGCCACUGUAGAUGAACCUGAAAUCAUUCUGAAAAGUGAUAAACUUAUUGAGCCAGCUCACUCAGAUGAGUCACAUAUCAAAGCGGUUACUGCUGGGGACACUCCUUAUACUUCAGCAAAAACAUUUGAGGACUUGAACCUUUCACCUGAACUACUCAGGGGUCUCUAUUCAGAGAUGGGAUUUGAGAAGCCAAGCAAAAUCCAAGCAGUAACUCUUCCAAUGAUUAUUAGACCACCUCAUCAAAAUUUAAUUGCUCAGGCUCACAAUGGGUCUGGAAAGACCACUUGUUUUGUUCUGGGUAUGUUGAGCAGAGUUAAUCCGAGCAUUAAUGCACCACAGGCACUUUGUGUAUGCCCAACAAGAGAGCUGGCAAUGCAGAAUCAAGAAGUCCUCUUAAAAAUGGGAAAGCAUACAUCUAUAACUUCAGCAUGUGCUGUACCUACUGAUGCUGCAAGUUAUGUCAAAAGGCGCGAACCUUUUACUGAGCAUGUUGUAAUCGGCACACCUGGUACACUUAAAAAGUGGAUGACAGCAAAAGUUUUGAGCAUGAGAUACAUCAGUAUACUUGUCUUUGAUGAAGCAGAUCAUAUGCUAGCCCAGGAUGGAUUUAGAGAUGACUCAAUGAGAAUUAUAAAGGACAUUCAGAAAAAUCGAGGUGAUCUUCAGAUCCUCCUUUUUUCAGCAACUUUUGAUGAAAAUGUGAAGCAAUUUGCAACAAGAGUGAUUUCAAAUCCGAAUCAGGUGUUUGUGAAGAAAGAGGAGUUGUCUUUAGAUGUCAUUAAACAAUAUCGUGUGAAAUGCCCAGAUAAACUUGCUAAAGUUCAAGUAUUGAAGGAUAGAAUUUUCCCGCUUGCUGAAAAGCUUGGGCAGUCAAUAAUUUUUGUUCGCACAAGAGAAAGUGCAAGCAUGUUGCACAAUCAAUUAGAAGCAGAGGGUUACAAGUGUACUUCUAUCCAAGGAGGUCUUAAGCUGGAGGACAGGGAUCUUGUAAUUAAGGAAUUCAGAAUGGGACUGACAAAAAUCCUUAUUGCAACUGAUGUGCUAGCACGGGGUUUUGAUCAAGCACAGGUAACCUUGGUUGUCAAUUUUGAUCUCCCUACCAAACAUAUGCCUCCACAUGACCCUGAUUAUGAAGUAUACUUGCACCGUAUUGGGCGAAGUGGGCGUUUUGGUCGCAAGGGAGCUGCUUUUAAUUUCCUCACUGAUGAAAGAGAUGAGCAAACAAUGAAAAAGAUUGAGAGGCAUUUCCAGCGAGAGGUGCCUGAGGUGCCUUGGGAUGACGAGGAAGCUUUUGAAACUGUUCUGAAAGAUGCAGGGCUUGCAUAGAAAACAGAUGUUGCUAUUGUAAUAGCAGAAUUAAGAGUUUAUUGGUGUUUCAGCUUUUAAGAAUUGUUUUGGCAUUUAUUCAAAAUUGAAGUGAUAAUUAUAAAUAAAAUGCUAUUCUAGUCAAUUUACGAUGUACUGAUAAAUAAUUACUUCAUUAUCAAACAAUUGUGGUUUCCUCGUGCAAAAUAUCCCGUGGCAUGCAAAUCCAUCAUGUUGUAUUGAUUCAUGCAAUUGUAACUUAUCAUGAAAGUAAUACAUUUCUCUGUUAAAAAGAACAAGCCGAACAGCUUUAAUUUCA